AUUUUCAUCGACCUUCGCCGAGAGAGUGGGAUGAGAUAGGGGAAGCCGACGACGAUGCCUCACUCCCUCCCUCCGCUGGUCGCGGCCAUGGGAAAAGCUCUGGCCAUGAGGCCUUCUUCCUCCUCUCCCUACCCUCUCCCCCCUCCCUCGACCUGCUCAUCCCGCCUCCCCACGCUCCGCUGCUUCGUCGGCCUCCGCUUGUCCGCCCCCCGCGUCCAGGUCAGGGAGCAAUUGGAUGCAGUUGCCAAUACGCGCGGAUGCUCUCGGCGGUUCAGGGCACCUGCUUCAAGUGUGUCCCAACCUUGUCAUGGAGCCAUUGUCAUUAGUAACGACAAUUCUCAAAAUGCUGAUUUUCCACGCAACUACUCAAAAAGGCAGAAGAAACCAUUUCCUAUACCAGUGGUGGAGUUAAGGCGCCGGGCAAGACAGAGGAUGAAGGAAGCUGCAGGGAAGCCCAAGCGACAAUUGCCACCUCCGAAGAAUGGAAUGCUUGUCAAGAGACUGAUAGCAGAGGCAUACAGAGUGUAUAAUGCAAGAAUUUUGCUGAUCAACAACUUGAGGAGGCUAAUGAAAGUAGUACCAGUAAAUGGCUGCAAAUAUUGCAGUGAGAUACAUGUUGGAUCUGUUGGACACCCUUUCAGAACAUGCCGAGGCAUGAAAUCUGAUCAACGUAGGGGAGAACAUGACUGGGGAAGUACUUUUGUAGAAGCUGUUUUCUUGCCGGUUGAAGCCUACCACCUAGAGGACCGUCUAGGCCCUCGUAUCACUCAUGACCAGAGGUUUGAGGUGCCCCGCAUUCCAGCUCUUGUGGAGCUCUGCAUCCAAGCUGGUGUUGACCUCCCUGAGUACCCUACAAAGCGUCGAAGAAAGCCAAUUAUUAAGAUCGGAAGGAAAGAAUUUGUCGAUGCCAAUGAAGAUGACCUACCUGAUUUAGAACCUGACAGAUUUAAGGAGCCAAUUCUUGAAGAACUACCCGAUGAUGAGAUUAUCGCUCCGUCUAGCCCAGAGGAGACGGCUGCUCUUGCUGAGGAAACACUUGAAGCAUGGGAGACGGUCCGACAUGGAGCCUUGCGGCUCCUGAAGAGCUAUGCAGUGCGGGUUUGUGGAUACUGCCCUGAGGUGCACAUCGGAUCAAGUGGCCAUAAAGCACGCAACUGUGGAGCCUUCAAGCACCAGCAGAGGAAUGGACAACAUGGAUGGCAGGCAGCGGUUCUUGAUGACCUAAUACCUCCUAGAUAUGUUUGGCACAUGCCGGAUUCUGGGGAGUUGCAGAAGGAGCUGAAGAGCUUCUAUGGGCAGGCACCGGCUGUCGUCGAGAUUUGCAUUCAGGGCGGUGCAGAAGUACCUGAGAAGUACAAAGCCACAAUGAGGCUAGAUAUAGGGAUUCCUUCCAGUUUGAGAGAGGCUGAAAUGGUUAUCUGAAUGAAAUUGUGAUGUUUAUAUAUCUACAAUACAGGUUCAGAAGAAGAAGAAAAUUGAAGCUCCUUUCUGGCUGACAAUAGGCUCAUUAGUUUACUCUGUGUAUAUAGCAGGACCUUAGCUGAAUAAGAGAAUUCAUCAUGUUCUAUUUGUUUCAGACGCGAACCAUCAUUUACCCAGAUGUUCCUUCAUCUCUGAGGCUUGGCCACCACUCACAACGAUUUGGGAACUGGGUCA